AUGAACAAGCUUAUCAUCGCCCUGGCCGUGGCUUCCGCAGUCUCUGCUGCCCCUCUAUCCCGCCGCGAUGAGUGCCAGGAUGCCUAUAAAUCUUGCAUUGCCGCGGGAACCCCAGAGGUUGCAUGCUCAUGCACUCUAACUGCCUGCGUGGGCGAAGAUAAUGCGCGCAACCGCGAGUAUUGCGCUUCUGCUACAGCAUCGCUUGCCCAGCCAACCAAAACCGAGAUUCCCGGCGGAUGCAAUCCUGCCCAUCCCGGCUCGUGCCCUUCAUCGUACUUUACCAACAAGUAUACUGCCCCAGCCGAGACCUUCACUUCCAUUCCAGGCAUUCCUGGUGGUUGUAACCCUGCUCACCCCGGAUCUUGCCCAUCAAGCUAUUUUACCUACCCCGUGGGCUCCAAGACUGCGGUGCAACCCGCUCCCGUGCCCGCCCCUACCGGCGACUGCACUGAGGGUAUCACCUACCCCAGCCCUGAGCCCGUUGAUGGCAAGACUUGGACCAUUAAGGAUCUUACUCGCUACUGCGGCGAGGAUAACGAAGGCUGUGAUUAUAACUUCGAGAUCGCACCUGGUGCAGAUGGAAAGACCGAGCGGUGUACUAUCAUCCGUAUGCCCGGUAAAGAUGCUGCCACCGAGAGCUGGUCUAACGAGCCCUGCACUGAUGGCUCUGAAUUUACUGUCUCUUGGGGCUAUGUAACUGAACCUGCCCCUGCUUUUGCUGUCAUCACAGUUGUCAAGGGUAAGGAACUUGCCUGGUUUGGUGUUCCUGACGUCAACGGCCAGAAGGUCACAACUACCCCAUCCAAUCCUUUUGGCUCUGGACAGUUCGGUGACCUUGGUCCCGAACAGGUUUACACUUACUAAAUAGUUUUACAUGCGAGGACGAGGAAGGAUAUGCGAAAUACGGCUCAUGACUCAAUUAAUGUAAUCAACCCACUCAUUUAGUAAUGUUACGAUCAAUAUGUAGAUUUCAUUCUUGCAACUAGAAACAUCAAUAGAGAUAUAUUAAGAUUCAUAAG